UCUUGCAGGAACUGGAGCAAGUGCCAAUGAAGCAGCUUCAGAAGAUACCUCUCCUGCUCUCGUUCGAAAAGAUAGUUCUCUUGUUGCCACUGCUUGCUCUGACCUUUUCUUGCUGCGACGCGGCAGCCCUGAAGCUGCACGCCAACCACGCCGACGCCGGCCGCGGCCUCAGCCGCCGCGAGCUGCUACACCGCAUGGCCGUGCGCAGCAAGGCCCGCGCCGCGCGGCUGCUCUCGGGGCGCGCGCCGGCAAGCGCCCGCGUAGACCCGGGAGCCUACACCGGCGUCGUCCCCGACACGGAGUACCUGGUGCACCUGGCCAUAGGCACCCCGACGCAGCCCGUGCAGCUCACCCUAGACACCGGGAGCGACCUCGUCUGGACGCAGUGCCGGCCGUGCCCGGCCUGCUUCGCCCAGACGCUCCCCUACUUCGACCCGCCCAACUCCUCCACGUUCGGCGCGCUCCCCUGCGACUCGCCAAUGUGCGACGACCUCGCCUGGUCGUCUUGCGGCAAGCAGAACUGGGGCAACCGAACCUGCGUCUACGUCUACGCAUACGCCGACAACUCCAUAACCACCGGCAGCCUCGACGCGGACACCUUCACGUUCGCCGCCGGCGACAGCUCCGGCGAGGCCUCCGUACCCGGCCUGGCCUUCGGGUGCGGCAUCUUCAACAACGGGAUCUUCACAUCCAACGAGACCGGCAUCGCCGGCUUCGGGCGCGGGGCCCUGUCCCUGCCGUCGCAGCUCAAAGUGGACAACUUCUCCCACUGUUUCACCACCAUAACGGGUUCGGAACCCAGCACCGUCCUGCUCGGCCUCCCGGCCGACCUCUACGGCGGCGCCGUCCAGUCCACCCCUCUCGUCCAAAACUUCUCGUCUCUGACCGCGUACUACCUGUCGCUAAAGGGCAUAACCGUCGGCGAAACGAGGCUGCCGAUCCCCGAGUCAGCGUUCGCGCUGAGGCAGGACGGGACGGGCGGCACGGUCAUCGACUCCGGCACCGGCAUGACGUCGCUGCCCCGGGGAGCGUACGAGCUCAUGCACGACGCGUUCGUCGCGCAGGCGAGGCUGCCCGUGGACAACGCGACGUCGUCGCUGCUCUCGCAGCUCUGCUUCUCGGCUCCGCGGCGGGCGAGGCCCGGCGACGUGCCGAGGCUGGCGCUGCACUUCGAGGGUGCGACGCUGGAGCUGCCGCGGGAGAACUACAUGUUCGAGUUCGAGGACGCGGGCGGCGGCAGCUUCACCUGCCUUGCUGUCAACGCUGGGGACGACCUGACCAUCAUAGGCAACUACCAGCAGCAGAACCUGCACGUCCUCUACGACCUGGUCGGCAACACGCUGUCCUUUGUUCCUGCUCAGUGCAACAGGCUUUAGGCCUCUAUUGGAACAGGCAUGCAAAACCACAGAAGUGGAAAGGUCUCCACCAUGUUGCAGAUGUUAUUAUUUUUCUGAUGUUGCAGAUGUUGGUCUUCAUUCUUCCAUGUUUUACUCCCUCCAUCCCAAA